AUGGAAACAUUUCUUACCGCUUUUAGAAGCCUUGUUUCCUUGAUGCUUAUGAUUUGGACACUGUCAACGCUACUCAAAUCAGAAGCUGGAAGUUGUCGCACACUAAGGAUUAAGUAUGUCUUCGAUGGAAAGGCCCUUGCCAAUCAUACUAUCCGUACUAUCCAACCAAUUGCUGAUGCCCAUACAUGUGGAACAGAAUGCUAUUUGGAGUCGUUGUGCUUUUCUUACAACUUUUGUCAAAGACCAAAUGAGGCGCCUCGUUGUGAACUGUCUCAAUUUGAGCACAUUCGCAAAAACAGCCACUUGAUAACGAAGCCAGGAUGUACAUACUACGGUGCAAUCUCUUUUUGCGCUGCCCAUAAACCCUGCCGCAACGGUGCCACAUGUCUUGGAGACUUCCUUAGACAAAAUAUCAAGUAUAAAUGCAUUUGUCGCGAUGGUUACCAUGGUCAACAAUGCCAACAUGAUAUAAAUGAAUGCAGCACUCAAAAGCACAACUGUCACAAAAAUGCACUCUGCGUCAAUAUUGCCGGUGGAUUUGAAUGCAAAUGCAAAAACAAUUACCAUGGCAACGGCACACAUUGUGAAGACAUUAACGAGUGCACUUUACCUGUACCGCCCUGUCACGUGAAUGCCACGUGUAAUAACACUAUUGGUGGAUACGUUUGCAAGUGUAAAGCUGGGUUCACUGGAAACGGGAAAGACUGUAAAGAUAUCAAUGAAUGCUUACCUAAACCUUACGUAUGUGGCAAGGUUAAUGUAACAUGCAGCAUUAGUUCAAAAACUGUUAGUCGAAAAACAAAUUGCAGACCAAAGAAUUCUACAAGUGGAAUAAACUCUACCGAAAGCGCAGUGCACGGAAAUCAGAGCAAUGUGACCGGUGCGUUGAACUGCACGGGAUGUACAAUGCACGGCAAUCACAGCAUAGCGACUGGUGUAUUGAACUGCACGGGAUGUACAAUGCACGGAAAUUACGGCAAUGCUACCGAUACGUUGAACUGCACGGAAUGUACAAUGCACGGCAGUCACAGCAAUACGACUGGUGCAUUCAACUGCACGGGAUGUACAAUGCACGGCAAUCACAGCAUAGCGACUGUUGUAUCGAACUGCACGGAAUGUACGAUGCACGGAAAUUACGGCAAUGCUACCGGUACGUUGAACUGCAAGGAAUGUACRAUGCACGAAACUCCAGUCAAAAUAAAACAAAUGGUGGUGAGGAUAGAGGAGGAGGAGGAAGAGGAAUGCGACAUUGAAGAAAGCAUCGUCAACAUCAACGAUACGUCCAGCAAAAUGUGUGAAGAAGACAAGACAUGUUUGAUGUUUUCCCAUGGUUGUCACGUGCAGGCUUCAUGUUCUAAUGACAUUGGUAGUUACCAUUGCAAAUGCAACGCCGGUUUCCAAGGCAACGGAAAGAAUUGCACAGAUAUCAACGAAUGUGCCUCUAGUAUCAGCGUUUGCCAUAACAAUGCAUCGUGUUUAAAUACAUUUGGCGGCUACAACUGCACAUGCUUGAACGGUUUCCAAGGAAACGGCACUUUCUGUGAAGACAUUGACGAAUGUAAUUCUGACAACCACGGUUGCCAUGUGAACGCCACGUGCAGUAACACUAUUGGUGGACACACCUGCGCGUGUCAAGAUGGUUUCCAUGGAAAUGGCACACAGUGCUAUGACAUUGACGAAUGUAAUGUUGACAAGCACGACUGUCACGUGAACGCCACGUGUAAAAACACUAUUGGUGGACACAUGUGCAAGUGUAAGGAUGGUUUCCAUGGCAAUGGCACACAAUGCAACGAUAUCGACGAAUGUGCGGGCAAUAUUUACAGUUGCCAUGCCAACGCAUCAUGUAGCAACACCGCUGGUGGGUACGAUUGCAUGUGCAAGCCAGGUUUCCAGGGCAACGAAACGUUCUGUGAAGAUAUCAACGAAUGUCUUACCAAUACUCACGACUGUCACGUGAACGCAUCGUGCAAUAACACCAUUGGUGGAUAUCAAUGCCUAUGCAAAUCAUUUCUCUAUGGUAACGGCACCUUUUGUCGCGAGCCCGAAACUUGCCAUGAACUGGCCUCAAAUAUGCCCGAUGAGGCCAAAAGUACACUGUACCAGAUUAAACCCAAGGGGGUAGGAUACAGUGUGUUUUGCAUGAUUUCAAAUGUUGGCUGUGGGUCCGGUACAUGGAAACUAGCAAUGAAAAUAGACAGCAAAAUGCAUACUUUUAUUUACGACUCACCACUAUGGACCAAUACCGACUUAUUCAAACCCGAAGCUGGCCUGACGGGACUCGAUAAUAAUGAAACGAAAACGCAAGCUUACUGGGAUGGCAGAGUGAGAAAGCUAUGUUUAGGUAUGAAGUUCAAUGGAGUAAUUCGGUGGAGGAGAAUCACUUUCAGUACAAACACCUAUUCAUUAUCAUCAUGGAUGAUGUAUUCUUUGUAUACCGGCGUUGGUUAUGACUGGUGGAAAAGGUUGCUUCCUUCUACAUCUGUACAUAACCCGCGCUGUUCCAGGGAAGGCCUCAACCAUAUGAUAAGUAGUAGUAGAGCGUUAAGGAUUGGGUUCUUCGCAAGUAAAGUCAAUCGCGCACAAUGUUCGGAUUACAAUUCAUAUAUUGGCUUGGGACCUCGACUGAUUUAUCUACCAAACGACGCACCGAUAUGCGGGAACUACGCUCCCAGCGAUGCCUAUCUUGGAGCAAGGAAGACCCACGCAUUUUGCUAUAUAUUGGUACAGUCAUAGUCAAAAUACACUGUUUUCUUAUGACCCACCAAUAAACAUUAAAUUUUGACGCAAUUUCCGGCUUAGAGCAGUUUUCGUAUGACUGUGAAAAGCGCACGGCACGAACACAGUCAUGGCACGGCAAGGGAUACGCCAGACCAAUCACAUUGCACGAGAAUUUACUCUCCAUCCAAUCAAAUACCUGGAACACGGCAUGAACACUGCACGGACACGGUCACGCAUAGGUCAUGGCACUGCCAGUCCAAUCACAUUGCACGAGAACAAAAAUUUCCCCAAUCAAAAUUCUAGAAAACAUCACGGUCGAGACAAGGCACGCAUACGGCACUGACUUUUUCCACAGUCAUACGAAAACUGCUCUAUUAGUACAGUCAUAGUGAAAAUACACUGUUUUCUUAUGACCCACCAAUGAAAAUUAAAUUUUGGGCACUUUGCUGAAUACGGUAGUUUUUAACCAACUUGCACCUUCGAUUGAAAUUAUCUUUUAUUUUACAAGCCCAAAUAUGAGAAUACAGAACGGUAUUUACCAAUAGUCAUCGGCAUUGCAGUUUUGAGAUCUCAAGCUAGAUUUCUCUGUUGGAAUGCCGGGACACGUUAGUUAUGCCGGCGGCUCUCAAAUGAUCUCUGGAUUUUAGCAGUGCGAUUGGUUAGAAGCAAAGUGCUUUGUAAUUGGUCAACUGAGAAACUAGGAAGAAAGCCAUUUGAGUGUCCCACGACUUUUAUACAUAUUUCUAAUGCAUGCACAGAUUAUGUUUUAUAAGCAUGUAAGAUAUAUGUACAAUAGAUCCUUUUUGAGCUAUUUUAAAUGAAGAUUUUUUUGUUUCAGUUACAUUAGUGUGAAUGUGUCUUU